AUGACAUCCGCCUCAGUCGACGCUGGCAUCCAUCGUGCUCUCGGUCUGACCGAGAGCUUGUCAAUCAAUCUUAAGAAUGGCCCCUGUAUGGACGCGAUCCUUUAUACAAGGUCCCUUCUAGAUGGACUGUGGCAACUCCAUCCCGCGACUAUAUUCGGUUAUCUAAUCAUAGCUUCGAUCACAAUCUACGCCGUGGCCGCCGGUAUUUACAACAAAUUCUACCAUCCUCUCGCCAGAUUUCCGGGCCCAUUUUUGGGCGGAAUAACUUCAUGGUACCUUGUCUAUGUGAUAUGUUCGGUCCCCACUUAUGGCUUGGAACUACACAAAAAAUAUGGACCCAUUGUACGAUUGGCCCCGAAUAUGCUGUCGUUCAGCGAUGCCACUCUGUUACCAAUAGUCUACAACUCAGCCGCCGAUAAGCCUCGAUUUUAUGACUCUUGGAUGUUUGGCAAAACGGCGGCCAUGUUCCAGUCAUUAGACCAUCGUGCCCACUACGCGAAGAAGCGCUUGGUUGCCCCAUGCUGCUCGAUGAACGCGAUGAAGACUCUCCACGAGAAGAAGAUAACCGAGCGCAUUGACGAGCUAUGUGAAAAGAUUUAUGAGAGGUCGACGGUGAAAAAGCAACCCUUGGACUUCUCAGAGUAUCUCAGAUUUUUCUUGAGUGAUGUAUGGAGCCAUCUUGUCUAUGGUCAGCCCAAGGGCUUUGUGGCCGAGGGCCGCGACGUUCAAGGUCUCUUGGCGUCAAUCCAGGGUGUUUACAGCAUGUCUGCAAAGGCGGCAGUCAUGACGUGGCUCACACCGCUGCUGCAAAAUCCAUGGCUGAGGAAGCACUUGUGGGCGCAUACACAAACAUUCAAGUGCAUGGACAACUUAUACUCAAAUUUCGAAACAAUGCUGAGUCGACGAGAGUCCAACGAGAAAUUGAAGGGUGAAAAACUCUUCUUUGACGAUCUCUCGCCUGAGAAGAACCCCAAUGAGUUUCAGUUUUCCAAAGAGGAUCUGAAAGCAGAAGUAAUCACCUUUACCGCCGCCACACUCGAUGGCGUCUCAGCCUUCAUAUCGCCCCUCAUCGAUAACCUGCUCACACACCCUGCGGAAUACGCUCGUGUAGUGGCCGAGAUACGCGCUGCCGACCGUGCGGGCCGUCUUAGCUCCCCAGUGGUGUCUUACGAGGAGACGACCGAGCUGCCAUUCUUCAUGGCAUGCAUCAAGGAGACGCUGCGUAGAGACGCGCCUGCCCAGACGAUUCUACCCCGGAUUGUCAGCAAACCGGGCUUUGAGCUAUUUGAUGGUAAAGUCUACGUCCCACCGGGCACGCAAAUGGGGGCCAGUCCCUACAUCAUCCACCGUGACGAAGAGAUCUUUGGCAAGAACCCCGACGAGUGGCAACCUAAGCGGUGGCUUCGGGAAGAAUCAGGUCUGUCGCGCGAGGCCCACGAUGCGCAGAUCAGACGUAUGGAGAAAUAUGGCAUGUGGUGGGGCUAUGGCGCCCGUGAGUGUACCGGAAAGUACUACGCCACGAUGGAGAUGCAGAAGCUUUGUGUCGAACUGCUGAGACGCUUUGAUAUCCGGGAAGCACCUGGGAAGCGCUUCACCCAUGCGCGUUGGGCAGUUGGUAUGUUUUGGGGCCAAAAGCUCAUAUUUGAGGAUGCCAAGCGCAAGUGA